UUGUUGCGAGUCUCCUCACCCUGCUCUCAAACAAUCAUUUUAAGAAUAUUUUACAGGAGAACAAGGAAGCCAAGCCUCUUUUUUUUAAGCAAUACAUCGAGAAAGAGAGAGGUUUUGGUGGUUUUGGGUUCUUGGUUUUUUGGUUGAAGUUUCUCGAUUUGUAGAAUUGUUUGUUCCUUAAGGAAUUUAAAGAAAAUCCAGGAAUGACAAAGAAUGUGGGGAUUCUCGCUAUUGAUAUCUACUUCCCUCCUACCUGUGUUCAACAGGAAGCCUUAGAGACCCACGAUGGUGCAAGCAAAGGGAAAUACACAAUUGGACUUGGACAAGAUUGCUUGGGAUUUUGUACAGAAGUGGAAGAUGUUAUCUCAAUGAGUUUGACAGUUGUUAGUUCACUUCUCGAGAAGUACAAUGUUGAUCCAAAACAAAUUGGUCGCCUAGAAGUUGGCAGUGAGACCGUUAUUGACAAGAGCAAAUCCAUCAAGACCUUCUUGAUGCAAAUCUUUGAGAAAUGUGGAAACACUGACAUUGAAGGCGUUGACUCAACUAAUGCAUGCUAUGGAGGAACUGCUGCUUUAUUCAACUGUGUCAAUUGGGUUGAGAGUUGCUCAUGGGAUGGACGAUAUGGGCUUGUUGUGUGUACUGACAGUGCGGUCUACGCAGAAGGACCUGCCCGACCUACUGGAGGAGCUGCUGCCAUUGCCAUGCUAAUCGGUCCAGAUGCACCUAUUACUUUUGAAAGCAAAUUUAGGGGGAGUCACAUGUCUCAUGCCUAUGAUUUCUAUAAGCCCAACCUUGCUAGUGAAUAUCCGGUUGUGGAUGGCAAGCUUUCUCAAACAUGCUACCUCAUGGCCCUUGAUUCCUGCUACAAAACAUUCUGUGCAAAGUAUGAGAAAUCAACAGGCAAACAAUUCUCUCUUUCUGAUGCUGCCUAUUUUGUAUUCCAUUCUCCUUAUAACAAGCUUGUACAGAAAAGCUUUGCUCGGUUGGUGUUCAAUGACUCUGUGAGGAAAGCAAGCUCAAUUGAUGAGGGUGCAAAAGAGAAACUGGCACCGUUUUCAACUUUAUCUGGUGAUGAAAGCUACCAAAGCCGGGAUCUUGAGAAGGUAUCCCAACAAGUUGCGAAGCCUCUGUUUGAAGCAAAGGUGCAACCAACUACUUUGAUACCCAAGCAAGUUGGCAACAUGUAUACCGCAUCUCUCUAUGCAGCAUUUGCAUCCCUUCUUCACAAUAAAAAUAGUGAAUUGGCAGGCAAGCGGGUUAUACUGUUCUCAUAUGGAAGUGGUUUGACAGCCACGAUGUUCUCAUUGCAACUACAUGAAGGUCAACAACCGUUUAGCUUGUCAAACAUUGCCACUGUGAUGAAUGUUCCUACAAAGUUGAAGUCAAGGCAUGAGUUUUCUCCCGAGAAAUUUGUCGAAACUAUGCACCUAAUGGAGCACAGGUACGGAGCAAAAGACUUUGUGACAAGCAAGGAUUGUAGUCUUUUGGCUCCAGGAACAUACUAUCUUACAGAAGUCGACUACAUGUACCGAAGAUUUUAUGCCAAGAAGCCCAUAGACGGCGCUAUUGAGAAUUGUUCGCUCCCCAAUGGUCACUGAUCCUAGUGAACCAGCUACAGUUGUCAUCAGCCAGGAAUCCGGCUCUUAGCUUUUAGAUGUUGUUAUCAAGCGCAAAGAAGAAUAUUCAUGCUUCCUCAAGUUUGUAUUUUAAAGCAAAAAGGUCGUUCAUCAGCAAGCAGGUGUUCUCAGUUUAUUUUUUUGGUUAUCUUUUAGUUCGUUCAUCAGCAAGCAAAUAGCUCGCUUACCUGGCCUCUGUAGCCUUAUUUGUAAUUUCAUUUUCGUUCUUUUUA